AUGAUUAGAUCUACAACCCUUAAAAGUUGUACAUCUAUAUUUAGUAAUAGAUUAAAUCAAUCAUCGUUACUGUUAUUUAAAAAUAGUAAUACUUCAAUUCGUUUUAGUUCAACUUUAAAUAAUAACAAUGAUAAUGAUCAACAAUUAAAAUAUUACUCUUUAUCACAAUUUCCAUAUCCUUCUGGUAAUUUACAUAUGGGACAUGUCCGUGUCUAUACGAUGAGUGAUUGUGUUGCAAGACUCAAGAGAAUGCAGGGUUAUCAGGUUGUGCAUCCAAUGGGUUGGGAUGCAUUCGGUUUGCCAGCAGAGAACGCCGCUAUCGAUAAACAAGUGUCACCGGCACUGUGGACCAAUCAGAACAUCCAGCAGAUGACCACUCAAUUGAAACGAUUGGAUUUGCAAUUCGACUGGGAGAGAGAGUUGUCGACUUGCUCGCCUGACUACUACCGUUGGACACAAGACAUAUUCUUGCGACUCUACAGCAAGGGAUUGGCAUACCGAAAGCACUCGCCUGUUAAUUGGGAUCCGGUUGACCAGACUGUGCUGGCGAACGAACAGGUCGAUUCCCAAGGACGUUCUUGGCGAUCGAAUGCGCUGGUGGAGCGACGUGAGAUGAAGCAAUGGUACUUUAAGAUCACCGAAUAUGCAGAUCGUCUUGCCGACGACUUGGACAAGCUCACCGGUUGGCCAGAGGACGUGAAGACAAUGCAGCGAGAGUGGAUCGGUAGAUCGGUUGGUGCAUUGGUUGACUUUACAUUUGGUGGUGAUAUGACGCUGACGGCAUUCACAACUCGUCCGGAAACACUGUUCGGUGUGACAUUCCUCUCUGUACAUUAUAAGCAUCCGAUAUUAGAGAAGAUACUAGAACAAACAACAGGUAAUAGUAAAAUGUUGAUCGAUAAACAAAAGAGAGAACAACUGCAAUCUGUAAUAGAGAAGAUUAAACAACAACAGGAAUCGGCCGUUCCAACCUCUGCAGACAAAGAACCAGAGUUGAUUGCAAUCGAUACCGGUGUGCAGAUUGAUACACCGACUGGCGGUAAAGUUACACUGGUUGUUGCUAGUACGGUGUUGCCUGACUAUGGUACCGGUGUAGUAAUGGGUGUUCCAGGUCAUAAUCCAGUCGAUCAUAACAUUGCUAAACUAUUGAACAUACCUAUUAGACAUGUCAUUACAAGAGCAGACAACAACAACAACAACAACAACAAUACAGAUAACAAUGAUAAUAGUUCACCAUCACCCUCUGACGAUCUCUAUGAUAAUAAAGAUGGUACACUUAUUAAUAGUGGUUCGUUUAACUCACUAUCGAUUAAGGAUGCCAUUGCCAAGAUGAUAAGUGAAUCGAUUAUCAAACCAUCGAAAUCCUAUAGAAUCAGAGAUUGGUUGCUAUCAAGACAACGUUAUUGGGGUACACCUAUACCAAUCAUUCAUUGUGACAGUUGUGGUGAAGUACCAGUACCAAGAGAUCAACUACCAGUUAAACUACCAACAGAUAUCGAAUUUACAGGUAAAGGUAACCUCUUAAAUAGUUUAUCUGAUUGGAAGAAUUGUAAAUGUCCAAAAUGUGGAGGAUCAGCACAAAGAGAAACAGAUACAAUGGAUACAUUUGUUGAUUCUUCAUGGUAUUAUCUUAGAUUUUUAGAUAGUAAAAAUCAAAAAGAAAUGUUUAAUAAAGAUAUAGUUAAUAAGUUAAUGCCUGUAGAUGUAUAUGUCGGUGGUAUAGAGCAUGCAAUCUUACAUCUUUUAUAUUCUAGAUUCUUUACAAAGUUCUUAAAGGAUCAAGGAAUAAUUGAUCAUGAUGAACCAUUUAAAGUAUUAUUAACACAAGGACUUGUUAAAUCACCAACCUACCGUGAUUCGACUACAGGUAAACCAUUAUAUCCAAAGGAUGUAGAUUUCACGACACCAAAACCAAUUAAUAAGUUAACAGGCAAUUUGGUAAAUAUAACAUUGGAGAAGAUGUCUAAAUCAAAACUUAAUGGUGUAGAUCCAAAUGAAAUGAUUGAUAAAUAUGGUUCAGAUACAUUGAAAUUAUAUAUCUUAUUUAAGGCACCACCAGAGAAUUCAUUGGAGUGGGAUACCGAUGGUAUUGAAGGUUGUAGAAAAUGGUUGAAACGUGUUGAAUCGUUGGUCAGUGGCUAUGUCGCCGAGAGAAACAAUGGACAAAUCAGCAAGGUAUCAGAUAAAUGGAACACUCAGUUGAAUAGUUUGCGUUACGAUACACAUUCAUCGAUUGAAAAGGUAACUGAAUCGAUUGAUCGUUAUACAUUCAACACUGCUAUCUCCUUCUUGAUGACGCUAUCCAAUCAGAUCGGAAAGUAUCAAAACAACGUCGACGACAAGUCAUCCCGUGAAUACCUCGAAGCACUGGAAACACUCGUAGUGUUACUAGCACCGUUUGCACCGAAUGCAUCACAACAACUUUGGACAGAACUAAAGUCAAUUGACAACAACAACAAUAAUAAUAAUAAUACAGUUGUAAAGAUUCAGAAACAAAGAUGGCCUGUUGCAUCUAAAGAGUGUUUAGCACUUCAACAAAAAACAUUGGUAAUACAAUUCAAUGGAAAGGUAAAAUCGGUGAUCAACGUUCAAUCGGAUCAACAACAGCAAUCGGAAUUGGAAACCCUCGCCAAAGAACAUAUGAAAGACAAAAUGUCAAAGUUUGAAAUUUCAAAGACAUUCUUCUCGACUACAAAAGCUGGUUAUUCAAUCAACUUUAUCUUGAUACCAAAGAAAUAA